AUGGCGCUGCGUGAGGGGCCCCCGACGCUGCCCGAGCCGCUGCGGCGGCGGCUCGUCUCCUUCAGCAGCUCCGUGUUCAGCGACAGCCACCGCACCGCGCUCGGCGACGGCCCCCGCGCCCCCCCGGGCUUCCCGGGCUACCGCGCAGAUUGUGAAAUCCUUUCCAGUUUGCCACUGCAGAUGUCCCUCUAUUUCAAUGUUUAUUUCUUCCCGUUUUGGUGGCUCAUCACAGUUGCCAUCCUCUACGUGAAGUAUCCAGCCUUAUCAGAUUAUUACAAGUUCAUCCUGGUCACCAUCAUGAUCCUGGUCUCUCUGACGGAGCUCAUUCGGCUCUACCUGGGAUAUGUGGGCAAUCUGCUGGAGAAAGUCCCUGAGCUGGCUGGGUUUUGGCUCCUGACUCUCCUCCCACAGUUGCCUAUAAUUCUCUUCUUGCUAUUUAAUGAAGGUCUGAAAAUCCACUCUCUGGAGCGAGCCGUCCACAUCAUCUUCGCCGCCUUCCUCUCCUUCCAAGUGGUGGCGGCGUUUUUCGCCCUGAGAAGGAUGGUGAACACUCUGGCCACUCGCUUCCGCCUCACCGAGUUCCACCGCCUGGAGGAGCAGCGCCCCGCGCCCGGCCUGUGCAGCCUGGCCGCGGGCAGCGGCUCCCGGGGCUGGUAGGGCCGGAGAUCCCGCCCCGAGCAGCCUGGCCGCGGGCAGCGGCUCCCGGGGCUGGUAGGGCCGGAGAUCCCGCCCUGAGCAGCCUGGCCGCGGGCAGCGGCUCCCGGGGCUGGUAGGGCCCCGAGCAGCCUCAGGGGGUAACAGAGCCCGGCCCAGUGCAGCCACAAUUCUGUUUCCGUUCUGUUGGGUCAUUCUUUGCCUUCUUGCCUCAGAGGUAUGAAAAAAAUAGAUCUCGCUCAAGAGCCAACAUUAAACCUCAGAGGAUGGAGCUCCUUUCUGCAAGGAAAAUCAAAGCCAAUUGCAUAAUUGACCUGAGUGGACUAUUUGUGGACUGAGUAGAUUUGGAGGGUUUUACGUGUUACAAAGUUGUGGCAUUUUUAAAAUACCAGAAGCCUUUUUCCCCACUGUUUGCACAAAAUUAUUUUGUUUACAAUAAAUCUUUUCUACACUU